ACAUGUUGCUUGGAAACGGUAUGGAACACGCGGCUUGGAGAAUGGCAGAAGGCUGCAAAGGCCUUAAUACUGCCUAGGGGUUAAGGGCGCAUUUCUGGGUGGCAGCAGUGACAGAGGCUGAAGUCCAGGCCUGGGGUCAGUGGCUGAUGGCUGAAAUGGCUGAAGGCCCCAGGCCUCCACUUAAGGCACCAUCAUGGCAUUUCUGCCCCAUUGCAGGGCCCAGAUGGGGCGACUGAGGCUUCUGGGGGGCUGCAGCUUUGUACCCCACUACGUGGCCUGUGCUGAACUUCCAGGGUGUCCCCCACCCCUUCAGGCACCUCUCCACUUCUUCCCUGGGUCUCCCUUCACUUAAUGACCCCCCAAAAAAAAUCACUUAAUGACCACAACAACAUAAAUGUUUUCCUCCUAGAGAUUUUGUGACUCUACAUUUCUGGAAAGGAAAUUCUCUUCUCUGCUUGUUUCCAACAGCAGAUAAAGAUUGCGACCAGAUUUACCUGCAAGUCAACCUGUCAACAGAUAAUAGAAAAUCAAAGCAAGGUAGCAGCCAAGAGGAAGCAUGGAGCCUGGGAAGCUCUUGGAUCCCCCGUCAGACACAAGCAGCACUCCACAAAAUGACAAAAAACCUCAUGAAUGCUCAGAGUGUGGGAAAUCCUUUACUCUCCAGUCCCUCCUUUUGACCCACAGGAAGGUCCAUGUGGGAAGCGGAUCCAGUCAAGGUUUGGAGGGUGAGAAAUCCUCUGGAAAAGAUGCCAAAGAUCUUAGAAGUCCUCCCAGACUAAAGACCUACAAAUGUGAGGAAUGUGACUUAUGCUUUGGUCAAAAGUCACACCUUCGUACACAUCAGAAAAUCCACACGGGAGAGAAGCCUUAUGAAUGUCUGGAAUGUGGGAAAUUUUUCCGUAGAAUAGACAGUCUCAGAAACCACGAGAGAAUUCACACAGGGGAGAAACCUUACAAGUGUUGGGAAUGUGGGAAGAGCUUUUCUCAGAACUCAAGUCUUUCGGCCCAUGAGAAGACUCAUGUAGGAAUAAAAUCUUACAAGUGCUUUGAGUGUGGAAAAUGUUUCACCCAGAGUUCAGGUCUUCACAAUCAUCAGAAAAUACACACACGGGAGAAAAACGAAAAGUGCUUUGAAUGUGGGAAAUGUUUUUCCCAGAAAUCAGACCUGAUGAAACACCAGAGAAUUCACACGGGAGAGAGACCCUAUGAAUGCCCAGAAUGUGAGAGACGAUUUAUGUAUUCUUCUGAAUUUCGGAGACACCAGAUGAGGCACAAAGGGGAGAAACCUCAUCAAUGUGGUGAGUGUGGGAAAAGUUUUAUUUUGCCAGAAAAGCUUCAGAUUCAUCAGAGAAUCCAUACAGGGGAGAAGCCAUUCAAAUGUGGGACGUGUGGGAAAUGCUUCUCCCAAAAAGCAAACCUUGGAACCCAUCAGAAGCUCCACACAGGAGAGAAGCCAUACAGAUGCGUAGAAUGUGGAAAACGUUUCACUCAAAAGGGAGACCUUUGGAGACAUCAUAGAACCCACACAGGGGAGAAGCCACAUCAAUGCUACGAAUGUGGAAGAUUUUAUUGCACCUCAUCAGCCCUUAAAAGUCAUGUGAAAAUUCACACAGGGGAAAAAAACUACAAAUGUUUAGAUUGUGGGAGAACAUUUGCACAUUCAUCUUCCCUCAGAGUUCACAGCCGAAUCCAUACAGGAGAGAAACCCUAUAAAUGUCUGGAGUGUGGGAAAUGUUUUGCCCAAUCUUCAGCACUUCACAUGCACACCCGAAAUCACACAGGAGUGUGGCCUUACAAGUGCUCAGAGUUUAAGAACCCUUUUCCUAGUAAAUCAAAGCUAAAAAGGCACCAAAAAGUCCAUAGCAGAGAUAAAUCUCUUCAGCUGUGAACUCUUGGGAGCACUUUUUUUCAAAACAACCUUUACCAGGAACUUCACACAGUGACAGAAGGGAAAUCCUACAAUUAUUUGGUACACAAUUUGGUACACAUCAGAGAGUACACAAUGAGGCAGAAGGGUGUAAAUGUUGGGAGUGUGAGAAUAUUUUCCUCGCAAAGUCGUAUUAGUCACUUAACUGAGUGAUUACACAAAAGAGUUUUAAGUAUGUGGGGAGUAGAUAAAAUGGUUUGCAGAGAACAGGAAGUCCUCGACUUAUGACCACAAUGUGGAAUGGAUUUCUGGUCAUAGGUUGCUACAGUCGUAAGUUAAGGAACCAGGAAUUUCUCUUAAUUUUUACUAGACUUUUUUGACCAAUGAGAAGUGAAAAUUUAGAGAGAAGAAAAGAGUGAAGGGUGGAAUGAAUCUGGUGGUUUAUAUAGUGAUAAAAUUUUGUCGCUGAAUCUGCUGGUUGAGGAUGAAGAGGGAAAGUUUCUUUUUCCUGUUACCUUCUUUGGAGGGAUUUUUUUCCUUUUUUUCAUUGUCUUUUUCAUAUAUUCACACAGAGAUAUUGGUAUUAAUUUUCUUUCUGUGCAUAUAAUCCUGAAUAAAAGUAUCGUUCAAAAUAACCAAGAGGGCCUUUUUUAGGAGAUGGACUGCGUGGCUCAAAACAGACAAGAUGGCAGUCAGAUUGUGCCAUACGGUGCAGCCAAAGUGGCUCUUGGACCUUCCUUGGAUAAGGAGCUGGGCUGCGAGGAGGAGGAAGAGGAGGAGGAGGAAGGCUGUUUGAGAGUGCAGGGCCAUGGUUCCCAUUGGCUACUAGCAGAGGGAGCCAUGCAGGGGUGAAAUGCUCCCGGUUCGGACUGGAUCGCCCGAGCUGGUAGCAAUGGCGGCGGGUGGUUCAGAAAACUGAUAGCAAAAAUCCCUUCCCCACCCCCCCAUGCCCAGCAGAGCUGCACAAUCCUCAAAGGUUUUUUUUUCUUUUAAAAGCAUUUUUCUACGGCUGAAAAAAUGCUUUUAAAAGUAAAAAAAAAAGCCACUGAUGAUCGCGCUGCUCAGCUGAGAUUGUCAGAAACUUUUAAAAGCAUUUUUCCUACAACGUCUUCGGCCGAAGAGGCUGUUGAAAAAAUGCUUUUAAAAGGAAAAAAAAUAGUUGGCCACGCCCACCCAAUCACAUUACCCCCCCACCAAACCACACUCACAGAACCGGUAGUAACAAAUUUUACAUUUCACCACUGGAGCCACGUUUUCAGAGGAGCUGGAAACCUGUCGCAAGAGGCUACCAGAAGAUGCCCCCUAGAGGAAUAGAAUAGAAUAGAAUUUUAUUGGCCAAGUGUGAUUGGAGACACAAGGAAUUUGUCUUGGUGCAUAUGCUCUCAGUAUACAGAAAAGAAAAGAAAAGAUACGUUCAUCAAGGUACAACAUUUACAACACAAUUGAUGGUCAAUAUAUCAAUAUAAAUCAUAAGGAUUGCCAGCAACAAGUUAUAGUCAUACAGUCAUAAGUGGAAAGAGAUUGGUGAUGGGAACUAUGAAACGAUUAAUAGUAGUGCAGAUUCAGUAAAUAGUCUGACAGUGUUGAGGGAAUUAUUUGUUUAGCAGAGUGAUGGUGUCGUGUCCCACUCCUCCACUGACGGCCGGGUCAGGGAAAUCCGAAUCAGGCUUGCCUCUGCAGCUCUGCCCAAAGUCCUAGCAAAGUCCUCAGAGCAGGCAGGAGACCAGUAAGUGACUUCAGCAAGAUAAGUUCGACUUUUGCCUGACUCAGAGACUGCCAGAAAGCAGAUCCUUUAUAUAGGCCAUGGAGUGUGGCUCCAUGACUCAGCACUCAUUAAGGCCUGCCCCUCCCUUCCUUCUGUUGCCUCCGCCUAUCCAAUCUUCUGAUGCGAGGAUCACUCCAAUCAGCUGUUGGUAAUAAACCCUCCUCAGGCUCACAUGCUGUGGAGGAGGGGGGGUGUCUAGCUGCUCCGUUUGCCUGGGCAUGGAGUCAGGGCUGGGGCAGGAGAUUCUCCUUCUUCUGCAGUUUGUCUGGGCAUGGAGCCAGGACUGG